UGGUUACAUAUUUUAUAUCUUGAUAUGUCAAUAUACUGGUAUCAAAUAAUUGAUAGAAUAUAUAUAUUGGCAACUGAUUUUGUCUAAUACUAGAGCUAAGACCAGCUUUCCAUUUUCAGAAACACAUAACAACGAAGGCCUUGCUAACUUGGUUUGGCUUCCUAUGCCAUAUUUGACUUUUCCUUUGUAACAGUGAGAUAUUGCAUGCUAUAACACAAACAGCACAUCUUUGAAACGCCCACAAUUGACCUUCUUCAGUACUUGGUUUUUAGCAAAAUGUCAAAAGCAAUCUCAGCAGUUCGAUUUAGUAGAAGCAAAAUUACAUGUCUUUUCACUGACAUGUCACUGCAUGCAAGUUUCAUGAAGAAAUAUCUCAAGGCACCCAGUUACCAAUGGCAACCCAAAUGCUCAUUAUGCAUUUGACUCAUUACUUAUGCAGUUCAUGCAGUAGAUCCUGUCAUACCAACAGAAUGUCAACUUAGCAGCAGCUGGUGACCUCUGACCUCUGGUUGAUUAACCAGACCAAUGACACGUCAAGUGAAUAAAUAAAGUUGCCUUUUAGGGCACUACAUGCGCCUACAGUAGAGGGGCCAUUUAUCAUGGUCUUUAAGUAAUUAGACAUUGAGUGUUCUGGGCCCAUAUAGUUGGGUUGCUGUGGUCCUAUAUCAGUCUGUUUAGCAGGAGCAUGAAGAUAGGAAAAAGCAUAUAUAUUUUUUAGAUUGUUAGAGCUUGGUAUUAUACCUGGAUUUAAAGGGUAGGAUGCUGUACGUGUACUGAGAAAUAAGACCCAGUGCUAUGCUACUUUAGUAGGGAAUACAAGGGUAGAGCUGUUAUAUUCCACAGGAUUAUGAUGUCAAUAUUUGUAAAACAAGAUGCUACACUUUUGAUUUGUGAGGCAGAAACAACUGUACUUCUGUCACCAUGUUGUAAAGAGUGGAAUUAUUGAUAGUGUCAUGACUACUGCUGCUUAGGACUGAGUCAGGGUUUUAAAAAAUUGAGGUGUAUGAAAAAAUACUUUUGUCUAGUAUUCCAACCUUAAACAAGGUCUAAGAAGAGCCCUGGGCAUGCAUCAUUUUUGCGACGCUGACUUGCUUGAACUUUUACUUGUACUUAUAAAAGAAGACAACUUAUUUGUCAUGUAGCACACGACUGGCAAAGACAAGGAGGCUGUUGUGAAUGCGUGACAGAAACAGGCGCUUUCCAUAGGACACCUGCAAAUAUCAUGGAUAUAUGUCAAUUUAUAUAUAAUAUACCACAGGUGGUGGAUAAGACAUAGAGAGAUAUAGAAAUAUGUGACUUAGGUCUGUUUUUCACUACCAUGGACCUAGAUUUUUAUGUAGCAGUACUCCUAGUGUUUGAUCAUGUGUGUAACACUAUGACCAAGGUGGUGUAUUUUGUGUGUGAUGUCUAAAAUCAUGUCAGCUUCCUAGUGAAUAUGGAUUACUUGAAUUCACAUGUGUAUGAGAUGAAUACUAUGUGCUGCCAGUCAGAAAAACUGCUAGCAGGGACUGUUAGAAAGUGUCAGACUGCCUCAGAGUUGUAACAUUUGUCACAGCAUUGGUAAGAUUUCUUUAUGUGGGACGUUCAUUGAACAUUACAUCCAGAAACAUUUACAGUGUUAGGAACAAUAUUACUAGUAAAUGCUCACGAAGGAUGAAAAAAUACAAAAUCAUGUGGACAGACUGUUUGUUAAUUUGUACUGGGAACAUUACAACUAAUUUUUUCCUUGGAAAGGAAUGGAAAUUUUUUUGUCAUGUGUCAGAUGUAGAUUUUGCCAUUGACAAUCAUUAGAUUGAAAGACCUACAGAACUAGAGAGCUUUAGCACAGGAAAUGUUUUGGGUGGACUGGCAUUGGGGAGCCAGUAAACUGUCCGAAGAAUUGCAUAAAAGGAAGGACUCCACCUUGUUUGUGUUUUUUGAACUUUUACCACAACAAGAUUUAUUGAAAUACAGUUGUUAAUUGUGCAAGUCUUGAGAUCAUAGUGCAGUUUUGAUACUGUUUAGAGAGUGAGACAAUGGGAGAAUUGGUGGUUCGUGAUCUGCGUUGUAGUCACUUAGAGGAGUUUGUGGCCCACGGAAGCAAUGUGAAUUGCCUGGCCCUGGGCCACAAGUCUGGCCGCGUGAUGGUGACAGGAGGGGAAGACAAGAAAGUCAACAUGUGGGCUGUAGGAAAACCAAACUGUAUCAUGAGCCUUUCUGGACAUACAAGUGCCAUAGAAGCAGUCCGAUUUGGCAACUCAGAAGAAAUGGUAGCCGCGGGGUCCAUGUCAGGGGCUCUCAAAAUAUGGGACUUGGAGGCAGCAAAAAUUGUGCGUACACUGACAGGGCACAAGGCCAACUUACGCAGCCUGGACUUCCACCCAUAUGGAGACUUCGUGGCCUCGGGUUCUCUAGAUACCAACAUAAAGUUGUGGGAUAUCAAAAGAAAGGGCUGCAUAUUUACUUACAAGGGUCAUACUAACUGCGUUAACUGUUUGAGGUUUAGUCCAGAUGGGAGAUGGAUAGCCUCUGCCGGGGAGGAUGGAAGUGUGAAGCUGUGGGAUCUGACUGCUGGUAAAUUACUCACAGAGUUAAAUGACCACACAGGGCCAGUCAACAGCUUAGAAUUCCAUCCAAACGAAUUCCUUCUUGCAUCUGGGAGUUCAGACAGAACUGCCAAAUACUGGGAUCUUGAGACAUUCCAAUGUGUGAGCACCACUGAUGGAGAGUGUGGAGGCAUCAGGUCCAUAAGUUUCCACCCUGAUGGACUCUGCCUAUAUGCUGCGACUCAGGAUGUACUGAAGGUUUACGGCUGGGAGCCUGCGCGCUGUUAUGACACCGUGGCCACUGGCUGGGGGAAGGUUGUCGACAUAGCCACUGCACAGAGUCAGCUGAUUGGAGCAUUAUAUUCACAGACCAAUGUGUCCACGUAUGUAGUAGAUCUACAGAAAGUUCAGCCAAUGGGUGGUGUUCCUGCUGAACCAUCACCAGAGCCCCCUACAGUCCAGGCAGCUCCUGCGGCGCCCCCAGCACAAAGGCUGUCUGCAAGUGGAAGGAAGAGUUUCCAGACAGAUCGUCCACAGACACAGUCCACCAAGCAACAGAACCCAUACAAGGAGGAGCCACAAGAGCCAGCUGGCCAGGGGGAUGACCCCGAGGAUGAUGCCCAGUCUGUAGCUGAUAUCAAAGACCCUAAUGACUACAGGGAAAUAUUUCAACCCAGGCAUGGUUUGUCACAUUCUCCCACAACAACUGCGCAGCCUUUCCCAGCACCCCCUGAUGAUGGGAUACCAGAGAAGGACAUUCCUCCACCACCAGUCAUAGUGAAGCACAACACGCGGCAGCAGCCAGUUCAUGUUCCACCACAGAGGGCAGCACAGUCUUCACCGUCACAACAAACACAGUCUAGGCAGCAGCAGCAGCCAGCACAACCGGCACAAUUUGCUCCUCCACCAGUGUCUCAACAACCACAUUCACAACCACCAGCUCCCCACUCAGCCACUUCUGUACCUGCUUCUACAGUGAUACCUUCCCAGAGGGAGCAACCUGUGGGGCUUGCAGUGGAGGAUUUUCUACCAAAGCGUGGCGUACCUGUUGUGAACGAGGGCCAGUCGUACCCGUCAAACAUGUCUGAGGCCGAGGCCAUCUCCACCAUAAUGAAGGGCCACGACGCCAUGGUGGCUGUCAUGAGCAGCCGAACGAAGAAUCUGUCCAUAGUGAGAGCUCUCUGGACAGGGGGGAACAUGAAGACUGCGCUGGAUUCAGCUGUAAACAUGAACGAUCAAGCUGUGAUAGUAGAUCUGCUGAAUGUGCUGAUUUUCAAACCAGCCCUUUGGAACCUGGACGUGUGUCUUGGAAUGCUGCCCCACCUCAAGGAUCUUAUUAACAGCAAAUAUGAAAGUUAUGUCCACUGUGGCUGCUCAGCUUUAAAGUUAGUAUUAAAGAACUUUGGACCUGUGAUUAAGGAGACAGUUAAUGCCCCCCCUUCAAUAGGAGUGGACAUAACGCGGGAAGAAAGAUUACGACGCUGCAGAGGCUGCUUUAAAUACCUAAUGGACGUGCGUGAUAUUGUCGAUGGGAAGCAGAACGUGGAGGGGAAGCUGGGCAGUACAUUCAGAGAGCUCAAAUUGCUGAUACAGUCUGUUGAAUAAUAGCAAUGCAAGAAGGGUUGUUCUUGACAAGAUUUACUUUGUGAACAUUCCUUUCAGUUGCUUGGCGUGAAACUUACUGCUCAUGAAAGCACCAUUGCAUGAACAGGUCAAAAAUUCAUGUGCAAGACGUAUGGCUGUUUCUUUUUAUAUACCAGUCCAGCUCAGACCUCAUGUGCCCUAGGGUUGAUCCUAGUAAAAGAUCACUCAGGGUCUAUCAUUUGUAAUCAGUCACAGACUAUUUUAGUGGUGAUUCUGCAGUUCAUAUCUAAAGUACAGAAUAAUCUCGAAAGUACAACUUAAGGUGUCUUCACACACAUACUUACAACUGUCCAGGUUUAGAUCUAUAUGACAUCAUUAGAUGAGCCAAUCAAUUUAUCAGUGUUAUUGUUGUCUACAGAGAUGAGAUUUGUCUGACUAUCGUGGAAUUUUUGACUUUUUGGGAGCCAAAAAUAUCAAUGGUGUAGACGACCCAGACCAUAUUUUCAGACUUUCCUUAAAUGAUAGUCUCAUCCCUGUGUCUAUGCUUGUUGGAAGUUAACUGAAUUCACCCCUCCACACAGCUGCUCUUUGUUGGAUUCAGCACUUUUGUCAAAGAGAAUUAAUUCAUUGGCUAACUGGUGUAUGCCUAGCUUGUCUUCUCAGCUGGUGAUGUCAUGUGAACCUAGACCAGGUCAGGAU